AUGGCCACAGCAGCACCCGUCGCACACCUGACGGCGCUCCUCGCCCCGCCGUCGGUCGACCAAGCCCGCACCUCCGCACGCGGCCACCUCUCGUCGGCCCUGCCGUCGCCGCUCACGGCCUCGCAGCUCGGUCCGACCCUCGCCAAGCUCCUCGAGCAGCAGCAGGCCCGCGCAGCCCAACUCGAGCGCGACCUCGGGGCGUCGCGGGACCAGAGCGCCGCCCUGCUCACCUCUGCGCGGGGCCACCUCGAGCGGGUCAAGCAGCGCACGGGCGCGCUCAAGGCGGGGCACGCGCAGGUCGACGCGGGACUGCGCAGUGCGCGCGACAAGCUCGUGUCGGGCCUCGAGGCGCGCGACGAGGACGGCGCCGGCCAGACGCUGCGAGAGCGGCUCGUCGAGUUGAGCGUGCAGCGCAAGGAGCUCGAGGCGGCCAGGACUUGGUUCGGCGCCGUCGCAAGGGCAGAAGAACUCGGCUUCACCGUCCUCCGCUCGCUCGAAGCAGGGUCGCUCCCGCAAGCCUUCCGCGCCUACGUCGGCCUCGUCGAGUACAUCAAGGCCGUUUAUGCCGACAGCGACUCGGUCAAAGGCGCUCAAGGCGGUGCGGGCCUCGUGGCCCUCACCUCGCACCUCGUCGGCAUGGCCAACUCGGUGUGGAGCUCGCUCGUGCGCGUCCUGUCCAGCCGACUACUCGGCAAGCUCGAGGUGCUCGGGUGGCCCCAGCCGUUCGAGGAGGCGCUCGACCCGUACGAGGACGCCAAGGUCGCCGAGUUCCAGACCGCCUUUGCCGACCUUCUCACGCUCGAGCUCGUUCAAGCCAACAACCCGAUCCCGGGCCCGCCCAAGACCGGUGUCCUCGCGUCGACCAAGCCCAAGCCUCUUCUUGCACUCGCGCCGCUCGUCCACCCGUUGCUGCUGCGCUUCAAGUGGCAGUUCGACGGCGACAGGAGCACAAACCGCAUCGACAAGCCCGAGUACCCGCUCUCGCACGUCCUCAACCUCCUCACGGCGCACGAGCGCUUUCUCGGCGAGGACAUCCAGUACCUCCUCGACUCGAACGGCUUCGAGCACAUCGACGCCAUCAACGAGUUCACGUCCCUGCUCCUUCCGCCUCUCGCCUCUCGGCUUCGGCACCACCUGCCGCAGCUCCUCUCGAUGCCGCCCGUCCUCGCGCACACGGUCUACCAGGUCGUCGAGUUCGACCAGCAGCUGCGCAGCCGUGGUUACCGCCCGAGGACGUGGCCGACCGUCCUGCGUCCGGACGAGGUCCCGCCCGAGGAGGACGAGAGCGAGUGGGAGGGCCUCGGCGAGACGAUUCUCGGACGCGACGAGUGGUUCGGCCGAUGGCUCGACGGCGAGCGCGAGUUUUUCGACCAGCGGUAUUACGACUGCAUCACCGCGACCGACGCGUGGCACGUCGUCUCGGAGGAAGACUUUGACGCCGGCGAGAGCGGCAGCGGGACGAGGCCGACAAAUUCCGCGCUCAGGGUCAAAGAGCUCGCAGAGCAGCUCGCCGAACGAUACCGCCCGCUCCCUCUGCGCCACACCCUCCCGUUCCUCCUCUCGCUCCACCUCCCUCUCCUCCAGUCGUACGCCGCACGUAUCACGUCGGCGCUCGACGCGUUCGAGUCGUUGUCGUUCGGCAUCCUCCCUGGCGCGCUCGGCCAGACGACGGCGGCGACGGCGGGCGUUGGCGGUGUCGUACGGCUCGUCCGGGCCGGCGUCAGUGCGAGGUGGAUGAGUGAGCGGUGCGAGGAGUGGGGCGAGGACGCUUUCUUCCUCACGCUCUACGAGUACCUCUCGACGGCCGCCGCGACGCCGGGCAAGCUCGACGACACGCUGCAAGAUGCCGCCGAGGACGUGCUCGACAACAGCGAGGGCACAACGUUCGACCGCGAGCGCAAGACGUUCGAGUCGCUCGCCGAGCGCAGCGACGAGCUCAUCGUGCGGCACUCGGUCCGCGAGGUCGUCAGCGACCUCAAGCCCUACUUCAACAAGCGAUGGGACGUCGCGAGCGGCGAGGACGACUCGGCCGACCUUUCCCUCAGCCCCGAGCUCAUCUCGCCCCUCUCGCUCCUGUCGUCUCUCCUGUCGACACUCGUCCAGUCGUGCCCGCCCUCGACCCGCACGACCCUGUACCGCCGCAUCGCCGCCGGCCUCGCCCAAGCCCUUUUCGACCGCCUCCUCGUCUCGCACGGCUGGACCGAGUCGUCGGCGCGGCAGCUCCAGUACGACCUGCAGCACGGCUUCCUCGUCGCGGCGCGCGAGGCGGGCAUGCCGCAGAAGGGCCUGCAGCGAGGGUGGGACGUGGCGCGAGCCGGCGCGACCGUCCUCGCGCUCCCGGCCAUGGCGAGCCAGCAGGGCGGGUACGCUCCCGGCGGCGAGUGGACCUUUUCAAAGGUCAUGCAGGUCGUGUUCGACGACGACAGUGCCGGCGCGGCGGGGGAGGAGGGCGGCAGGUUCGCCGAGGUCAUGGACGACUUGGGCGUCGGCGAGGCGCUGUCGAGGGCCGAGGUGCAGCAGCUCAUGCGGCGCAGGCCCGAGUGCUGGAGAUAGCGUGUCAUUGCAAUUCUCGUCACCCUCUCUC